UUGAUUGAAUUAGAGGUCAAUGAUAGAUUGGGCAAGAAAGUUCGUGUGAAAUGUAGUCCCUCAGACACGGUUGGCGACUUUAAGAAAUUGGUCGCAGCUCAGAUCGGUACAGAACCUCAAAAGAUCGUACUGAAGAAGUGGUACAAGGAAUUCAAGGAUCAUAUUACAUUGAGUGAUUAUGAGCUCAACAAUGGAAUGAACUUGGAAUUGUACUACAGAUAA